AUGAAUAAAAUAUAUUUCCCAAAAAGAAGAAAGAUUUUUUUAGUAUCCUAAGACAACAACUGAAUCUUAAUUACAAACAACUCGAUCAAUUGCUAUAAAUAAUAUUUUUUCAAUGGUCAGUCAACCAAUUAUGAUGUUCCUAAAAUUAUAGUUAAAACAGAAGAGAAUGAAGGAAUUUCAAUUCCAAAUGAGACCAGAUUUAAAAAUUGGAAUGAUGUAUUUCGUGAUUUUUUAUCUGAAACCUUAUUGAAGAGUAAAUAAACUUAAUUAAAAAGAAAUACAGAAACUUCAAUAGAUAGAGCUUAUUUAUAUGAAGUUCCAUUAUAGUUUGAUAAUGCUCUGUCAAUAAGUCCUUCUAAAAGAAGUAAUUUCACUAAAUCUAUCAUGAGGGAAAUUUUUGCUCAAGAAUUUGUAAUUAGAAAAAAUUAAUCUCAAAAACUUGAUAAAUUAAUUCCAUCAGUUAUCAAGACAAGAAAAAGACUAAAAAAUUAAUGUGUAUAAAAAGAUAGUAAUUAUUAUUAGAACAUAUCACAGAUCAGCAGUAAUAGAUGAAGGGAAUCAUGAUGUAGCCUUUUUAUAAUUAUUGGAUGAAAAGAAUAAAGUGAUGCUUAAAAAAUAACAGGCAUUAGACAGAUUUGAUAUUAUUAGAGAUCUAAUAGCAGAAAAGAUUGAAAAGAGAGAAAAGGAAGAUCUUGUUUAAAAGAAGUAGAGAAUAAAAAAAUUUUGGAAUGAUCAAAUAAAUGUAUGAUAUAAGU